UUUGAAUAUAAAUUGAGAGUUUUUUCAAAGAGUCGAGGUUUUAUUCCGUAUUUCUGUCAUGAAUAAGUUUUUACUGUUGUUUAUUGUGAAUGUAAUACUGUGAAACAUGAAUAAGACCGUGUCUGUAGCUACAUUCAUAAGGUUUUAAUUAGAAACUAGAAAGGCAGAGUCCCGUCUCGGACGUGGUCGGGCGAAAUUUGAGCGAAAAAAAGAAGAUUGGUUGUUACCAAAAUUAAAACUAAAGAAAAAUAACUUUCUAAUAAAACUGGUAAAGGGCUACAUCGCUAUACGUCAGAUUAGGUAUCUUCGUGUUGAGGUAACAAAAUGAUGUCAAUGAAAUAGAUAAUGUAUUAAUUCAAUUAUAAAGUGUAAGAAGAUCAGGGUGCUGUGUAAAAUGAAGAGAUGAAUAAUAAUUGGUGUUUAUGUUACACGAUAAAAUGAACUGACACAAUGUCAGGGGGUAACUCUAAGAACAAGGCGAAAUCCAAACGCCAUGAAGGUUGGGAGGAAGCCGGCGGGGAGUUCUACCAGGAACUCUACCCCGGGGGGGAACAGGAGCUGUUUGAUAACCUCCAGAGAGCUGAUGCAGCGAAACUGGCGACGCUACUACCAUCAAAACAGGCUAGGAACACGACGACGGUCAAACGCGCCAGAUCCCAGACUGAUCGGCGCCAAUCUACCUUCGCUAGAACCAUGCAGAGCCGGGACAUACAUCUCUCGAUGUUGCCAGACCUAUCAGAAAAUUUAUCAAACGAAGAACGCUCGUGGGAGGAGAUAAUGCAGAUAAAAGCGCUACCUGUCCCGAUGAGUCAGAAGAUCGAGCUUAAAGCUCGAUUGCAGAACGCUACGAAACUUCGCCUCCAAGGUUUCGAGCAACUCCACUGGAGGCAGAGGAAGGUGUGGCACCGUUUCCGUAUAGGCUGCACUGAGACGUUUAGCAAGCUGGAGCUCUGGCAGACCCCCAUGCGUGAAAUAGAAGGAAAAUUCGGAACGGGAGUCGUCUCGUAUUUCCUGUUCCUGAGGUGGCUCUUCCUGUUAAACCUCACAAUAUCGAUACUGGUCAUCGUGUUCCUGAUCCUACCAAAGACAUUGUUGAAUGAGAGGGUUUACGAAUGCGACGAGACGGAAGCGAAUUCAACAGUUUGCUGUUCUAUAGCAUAUUUCGAGAAGAACACGACGAAUUCAAAUAUUUUUUUAGACGUUAUCCAGGGCACUGGCUGGAUGGAGAGAACCAUACUCUUCUACGGAGUUUACACAGAUCAGAUAUACACUUACUACGUAAAUAGUUUAUACCAUACCAAACUGUUCUACAAUAUGCCGAUGGCUUACAUUUUGGUGCCGAUUUCUUGGACCUUAUUGUCCCUGAUCGCAAUCGUGAAGACGGCCGCCAGGGGCUUCAAGCAGAAGCUAAUCGAAAGCGAGGGUCAGUUCUACAAGUACUGCAACCUCGUUUUUGGCGGUUGGGAUUUUUGCAUACACAACGACAGAUCAGCGAGAAUCAAACACCAAGCUCUGUACAAUGAGAUCAAGGGCUGCAUCGAAGAGGAGAGAUUCAAAGAAGAGAAACAGUCGCGCAGCCGGGAGAGUCAGAUAUUGAUGCACCUAAAAAGAUUGUUUAUUAACCUGAUCGUGUUUGUGAUACUCAUAGCGUCCGGUUUUCUAAUAUACGUAGCCUUCAACUUCUCGACGGAGAGACUCAACGAAAGCAUAGGAUCUAACGAGAAUCGAACCAGGACGAUGCCGAUAGUGUACAGUACGAUGUCAUUCAAUCAAUUGGAGAACGUACUAAUGGAGUUUUUGCCGUUUAUUUGCAUUGUCGUACUGAAUCUUAUCAUACCCGAGAUUUUUAGUUACAUGAUCAGAUACGAAGGCUACAUGCCGCCACAUGUUAUCAUUAUAACGCUCCUAAGGACUGUGUUACUGAGACUAUCCUCGUUAGGCGUAUUGUUAAGUCAAAUCUAUUUGUAUAUAUCGACGAAUGGCAUCGUGUGCGCGAAGCAUAACACGGAUACAACGAAGUUAGAAUGCUGGGAGACAUACGUCGGUCAGCAGUUCUACAAGUUGAUCUUGACCGAUUUCGCCGUUCAAUUCGUGACAACGUUCCUGAUAAAUUUGCCUAGGGCGUUUAUGGCUCGCCACACGCGGAGCCGCUGCUUGAAGAUAUUCGGCGAACAGGAAUUCUAUUUGCCUAAACACGUAUUGGACAUUGUUUACGUGCAGACCAUAAUUUGGAUGGGUUCGUUCUUCUGUCCCUUUCUACCCAUUAUAGGAUCCAUGUUCUAUUUCAUGAUAUUCUAUAUAAAAAAGUUCACUUGCCUCGUAAACUGUACGCCCUCGCCGGUCGUGUAUAAGGCGUCCAAAUCGAAAUCACUCUUCAUGUCGGUUCUAUUGCUCGGUUUCGUCAUAUCGAUUCUGCCGGUAGCGUAUUCGGUGGCUGAAAUCUUGCCGUCUAUAAACUGCGGUCCCUAUCGAGGCUACGCCACCGUGUGGGAGUUCGUCAUACAAACAUUCAACAACUUUCCGUCGGUAAUUAGAGAGGUCAUAUUCUUGUUAAGCACUGCAACGUUUGCGGUGCCGGCUUUCGCUGUGACAUUAUUCUUCUUGUAUUAUUACUGGGCCGUCGCGACAGCCAAUAGACACAUGGUGGCGGUCCUGAAGAACCAACUGGUCUUAGAAGGCCACGAUAAACAGUUUCUGUUGAACAGACUGAGCGCGUUUAUACGGCAGCAUCAGAAGAGGUGCGACAGAAGAAAUAGGCCCAGUUUUGCGGACGAUGACUCCUCUAUAAGACAGAGUUCUAGAUAGAUUGGUGUAAUUAGCUCGGUAGUUAGGCGACACCCUGUAUGUGCACUCUAAAAAGCAGGGUUGUCACCAAGGUCCACUGUAAAAAAAACAGGUUCUCAUUAAAAGAUACCUAUUGGUUUGUUACCGAUGACUAGGGUUCGUAUAAUAAUGUUUAUGUAUGACUUUACUUCUUUUUUUAUUUAUAAUUGAAUUUUUGUGUUGUUAAAAUUAGGAAAGAGUUGUCUCUGAACUUGUCUAUAUAUAGAUUUCAAAAGCGUUAAGUUGAAAUCAGUAUUUCAGUCUUUCAAAUUGUACGUGACCUGAUUUAACGCAAAUAUCUUUCAGCUAUGUUCAGAAAGAAAAAGUUGUAAGAUUAUCUGCUUGAAAUAUGGUCUUAAAUAUUAUAGUCUAGACUGACGAGACUGAUAAAAUCGAUUUUGAUACAAAUUA